AUGAGUAAAAAAAUAUUCACUCUUUACAAAAAUAUGAAUCAAGAAUUAUGUGAUAUGUUAAACGAACUUGCAUUACAUGAAAAAAAUGUCAUGAACAAUUCAUUUAAGUACAAUGCAUACAGACGAGCAGCCUUUGCACUGGCUAAUUAUCCGAAAAAAAUCUCAUCAGGGAGAGAAGCUUUAAAGUUACCAGGAAUAGGAAAAAGCAUAGCUAGUAAAAUUGAUAUCUAUUUAAAAACUGGAAAGUUACCAAAAUUAGAAAAGAUAAAAAAAAAUGAAAAAUUUGCAGCCAUUCAACUUCUCACUAAAGUUUCCGGAAUAGGGCCAUCAAAAGCUAGAGAACUUGUCGCACAAGGGAUCAGAUCUCUCAAAGACUUGAAUAAAAUCAAACACAAGUUAACCAAGCAUCAAAGAAUCGGUUUAAAGUAUUUCCACGAUUUCCUAUUGAAAAUUCCCAGAAGUGAAAUAUCGAUCAUUGAGAAAACUUUAAAAGAAGAAAUAAAAGAAGUGGAUAAUAGAUACAUAGUCACUCAUCCCAACUACACUUUAAAUGUUAGAAAAAGUGCUAGUUCUCAUCACGGUUCCAUGUUAAAAACAGUUGUGGAAAAACUACGAGAUGACGAUUUGGUAACGGACACGAUUGCACUCGGCAAUACCAAAUUUAUGGGAGUUUACAAGCUGGAUGAGGGUAGUCCCGCUCGUAGGUUGGACAUACGAAUGACACCUCACGAUCAAUAUUUUUGCAGCAUUUUAUAUUUUACCGGAUCCGAUUUGUUUAACAGAAACAUGAGAGCUCACGCUUUACAACAGGGAUACACCCUCAACGAAUAUUCGCUUCGUCCCAUUACAAAAACAGGAGUUCCCGGUGACCCGGUGCCCAUCACAAGCGAAAGAGAUAUAUUCGCGUACAUAAAUUAUCCAUACAAACCACCAUCGGAAAGAGAUAACUGA